AAUUCUAGCUGAUUGAUUCGGCAAGAGCGGAGCAGCUGUGCUUUUGAUUGGUCAGGACUGCAGUCCGUCACUCGUGUUGUCAGGUUCUUGGGUAAACAUGGCGGCUGUGGCAGGGGAAAAGCGGCGCGGGAGGAAUGCAGCUCUGUCCAUCGCGGCGAUUGCGAUCGUGGUGGGGCUGCCGCUGUGGUGGAAAACCACGGAGACGUACCGAGCCUCGCUGCCCUACACCCAGAUCAGUGAGCUGGACACGCUGCAGCUGCAGCUGACAGUGGAGCUGGAGGUGGUCUUCUCCAAGGGCAGUCUAACAGCAGAGCAGCAGAAGACAGCCCCGCUGCAGCAGACCCGGGAGGCGGAGCAUCUGCUGAACUCUAAAACAGAACUGAGAUACAAAUACGAGACCAAGUAUCGCACUGCUACUGUGAUGGAGGACGAUGCACUAAGACUGGAGAGUGUUGAAGAAGCCGAUGUGUCCCUGUCCCAGCUGAAUGAAAGCCCCUCUGGCUCGCUGGUUAUCUACGUGAUCCCAGAGACCUCCGCACUGCUACCCCAGGGUGUCAGCGUGUACGUUGGGAAGCACAGGACAGCACUGCUGCGGACCCCCCAGGACAGAGGGGCGAAGCUGGGGGAGGUGCUGAGGGGGCUCCAGCCUGACAUCCAGAGGGUGGUGGAGACCAUGUCCUUCUCCGACGUCGACAUCAAGGCAGCGCUGAGCGACCGCGUUCCUGUCGGGAAGCUGGGCAAGGAGAGCCUGGCGGACAGCAUGAGAACCUUCAAAUCCAGCCCUGGCUAUGAGAUCACUUUCAGCCUGUUGAACCCGGACCCCAAGUCUCACGACGUGCGCUGGGAUAUCGAGGGAGCCGUGGAGAGCUACAUCCAGCCCUUACUGAGCAAGCUGUCUGGAGUGGCCAACUUCUCCGUGGACUCCCAGAUCCUGUAUUAUGCAAUCCUGGGUGUCACUCCACGCUAUGACAGCACAGUCUCCAGCUACACGCUGAAUGCAGAGACCCUGCCUCACGUCAUCAAUCCUGUGGAAGCCAGGCUGGGUUCCAAUGCAGCUUCCUCUCACCCCGUGCUCAACUUCCUGCUCUACGUGCCCGAUUACCCGCACUCUCCUCUCUACAUCAAAGACAGGGGCGGAGACAAAGUGCCAACCAACGCCUUCCACAGUCCGCGCUGGGGCGGCAUCAUGGUCUACAACGUGAAUGAGAAGUAUACAGACCCCCCUCGGCUCCCAGUUCACAUCAAUAUCGACAUGGUUCGGGUUAUGGAGGUGUUCCUUGCACAGUUAAGGUUGCUGCUGGGAGUGCAGCAGCCCCACGCUCCAGCUGAUUUCCUCCUGCAGAGCCCCGGGAAUGAGGGGCUGACAGACUGGGAGCUGGACCGUCUGCUGUGGGUACGGACCGUGGAGAACAUCGCCACGGCAACCACAACCCUCACCUCACUCGCCCAGCUCCUCGACGAGAUCGGGAACAUCGUCAUCAACGACAACAUCGCCUCGGAGGUGUACAGUGCUGUUACCUCCAUCCAGGCUGCUAUAGCAGAGCUGGAGUCUUGCAAUCUGGGCUUGGCCUUCCAGGCCAGCAAGGAAGCGACCCUGUCCUCCGAAAAAGCCUUCUUCGACCCCUCCCUGCUCCACCUCCUCUACUUCCCAGACGACCAGAAAUUUGCCAUCUACAUACCACUCUUUCUGCCCAUGUCUGUGCCCAUUCUGCUGUCCCUACUCAAGAUCGCCAGCGAGCUCAGAGAGAGACGUAAAGAGCCAGCCAAAAUAGAUUAAAGUUUGUGCACGGUAAGACCAGCCCACACAAAGUGACUGCUGUGCCACACAAAUGUGCACUAUAUCCGUCAGUGGAAUUGAAAAUGACAAGUCAUGGGCCUAGAGCAAAAAUUACUUAUUUCAGAUUUUUAAAAAAAAUGAAAAAAGGGUGGAAGGAUGCGUUAAGCUACAUGCAACAGUCCUGGUGGGUAACCAUGUAAUUUCAGGAAGAAUUGUGCUUGAUUACUAAACUGUUAAAGCAGUUUCUGCUGUACAUGAUGUUACACUACAUACGUAACAUCUAGCGUUGACCAUUUAGGGUUCAGUCACAUCACCAAGAUAAGAUUUUUUUUUUUUUUAAGUGGAUAUUGUGAUAUUUUUGCAGGGGAGGUGGAGGUUGAUCGAAAAAUAUCUGUUUUAAGACAACAAAAUUACAAGUGUUCGAAGUCGCAACAAAGCACUCACCAUUCUGUGCCCAUGAUUCAUUGGUUUGAAGACAUCCCUGUUUAUAAGUUAUUAAAAGCAAGAUAUACAUUUUGUGAUUUUAUUUUUUUAAAAGCUCUCUAUAAAAGCAUUUUGAUUUAAAGUUUUUUUUAAGUUUUAGUUUAAGACGAUGCAACUUUGGUGUCUGUACAAUACCCCUACUUGUGCAGGUGCCCCCAGACCACAAAGCAAAAUAGAACUGUUUUGGUGACAGCUGUUUAUUUAAAUGAAUGAAAUAAAGAUGGUAAAUGUUGUACAUAAA